AUGGAGGACGAACCUUCAGGUGUGUUCCUCAUGUGUGUGUAUUCAUGUGUGUGUUCCUCAUGUGUGUGUAUUCAGGUGUGUGUUCCUCAUGUGUGUAUUCAUGUGUGUGUUCCUCAUGUGUGUGUUCCUCAUGUGUGUGUUCCUCAGGUGUGUGUUUUUGCGUUCAGAUGGAAACAAAGCCCUCAGGUUGUCUCCUGUUUCCAUGUUUUCGUCUCUUCUUCACACGUCGUUGUCCUCGUCGUGGUCGUCGUCAUGGCGCCACGUGUUGCUCUCGGUGAUUUCUUUACUAAUCAGGUAUUUGUCACUUUUAAUGAACUUGACUUGGCAGCGGCGCGAGGACGAUCUGCCGCGCAGAUGUGCGUUACUGUGGCGUCUGUUUGGACGCCGACUCUAAAGGUGUUGUUUUGUUACUGAGAUGUAUUUUUAACCACCGCCGAUGAAGAUGAUGAUGAUGAAGAAAGCAGUUAGUCCGUCAUCUUCAUCCUUCGCACACGUAAUUAACUGCAAAUGAACCGGCGCCUGAUUGUUCAAAAACGCACCAAAGCAGCACUUUGAAACUCGUCUUUGUUUUUGUCUCUUUCAACAAAGAAGCAGCUUUUUUAUUUCAAAACUAUUUAUUCGACUCUUCUUUAAAAAGACAUUAGCUUUGAAAACACAUAUUUUUAACUGGUUUUAGCAUCUGAUUGAAGCAGCAGAAAAACAUGUCAACAACAAACCGGCCGGCGUGUCGUCCUACUUUAACUCACUUUACCAAUUAAGGAAACAUUUACAGACAGAGAUCGUUCAGAGCGGCAGACGUUUACGCUCCAUCGGAUUUCUUAAUCUUGAAAUACGUCCAAAUGUUGAUUCAUCUUUUCUUUGUCUGCAGACGGACCUCCAAUAAUCUGGAGAUCAAACCGUCUAAAAACAGAAGACAGGUUUGUCCGUCCAAACAUCUGAAAAAGUGUCUUUGGCGGUCAGACGGCGCCCUGUGUGUUCUCAGACAGAGGCCGUGUGGAGUCUCGGGAUGACUUACUGCCUCAUACAUUAUUUUGGACAACCUUACAGUCUUAGAGGAACAGAAACUGUAAAAAAAGACCCUCUGAAAGGCCGCUCUGUGCGCGGCGAGGGGGUCCGUCUCUGAAACCAGAGGCCGAGUGUAAACAGCAGACGUCCAUCCAUCAGAGGACUCGGACCAGGAGCGCUGAUUCACUUCUCAGGGUUUAUGAUAAACUACGACAGGAAGAUGGAAACAAAUCGGAGCGCGCCGGUAAUCAGGAGCUCACUUCCUCCUGUACGUCUGUGAAACAGGGGACCUACUGAGCGCGUGCAGAUGCUGCAGUUUGGCUGAGAGGUAAUAUGAGCUUGUUUUGAGGCGCGAGCGCUGGAUGCCAGCUCUCCGUGUAAUUUGUUCUGUCUGGUGGAGGUAUGUAGAGUGGACGGGGACGGGCCCUCUGUGCACUCUGGGUCUGUGGUGGAGGUAUGGAACCCUCUGAGGUCUGUCAGCGCACUCAGAUGGCGUGAUAACACCCAGCAGGACGACAGUGUUUCCUUCACUCACAGCUCAAAUGUUGGAGUCGUGUCAGAGAGGACGUUUUCCUCCGCUCUACGUUCUGCUGUCCAUCCUCUGCAGGUCUGAUCUCAUUUAAGUGAAAAACACUCUAAAGGGGGAUUCAGCAACUUUACUCAGAUCUUCUACAGGAGGACGAAAAUAACAAAAAAUAAAAAUAAAAAAAUAUAUAAUAACAAUAAUAAUAUUGAAUAUUAAAUACAAUAUUAAAAGAAAUAAUCUCUAUAACAAAAAUAAUUGUAAUAAAAACAACAAAAACUAUAUUAGUCAUAACAAUUAUUAAUCAAAUAAAAAAAAGAAUAAAAAUAAAAAGAAUAAAAAAAAUAAAAUACAAUAAGAAAAAUAAAAUAUAUGUUUUAUAAUAACAAUAACAAUAAUAAUACAAAUAUAAUAAUUAAAAAUAAUAAUUAUAGAAUACAGUGAAAUAAUUAUUAAAAUAAAUAUGAAUAAAAAAGUGUAAUAGUCAUAACCAUAGAAAAAGUAAUUAUUGUAAUGACGAUAAAAAAUAAAAAACAAAAUAUUCACAAUCUUUUUUUAUUAUAAGUAUAAAUAUUAUUUAUAUUAUCAUUAUAAUCAUUUUCACUUUUCAUCUUCAUAUCAUUAUAAAUUAUUCUCUUAUUUAUUUAAAAUUAUUUUUUAUCAUUAUUUUCAUCAAUUUUAUUAUUAAGUUUUUUUAUUUAAUAAUCAUUAUCAUUUCUUUUAUUAUUUUAACCCCUAUCACCAUUUUUAUUUUUUAUUAUAUUGUUCUUACUAUUAUUAUUAUCAUUAUUUAAUAUUAAACUAUUUGUAUUAUUAUUAUUAUUAUUAUUAUAUUGUUUUUACUAUUAUUAUUAUUAGUAGUAGUGGUAGUAUCAUAAUUAUUUUCAUUAUUAUUACUCCUAACACACACGCACACACACACACACGCAUGCACACACACACACACACACACACACACACACAGUUCAGGCCUUCAGGGGAACAGAAGAAACCGUCUAACAGCUGAGAGACAGACAGGUGCUGGAUCUGAGAAACCCUUUAAACAGGGACUGUCUGAACCAGACCACGGCGUCUCAGCUGAUUGGUUUACAGAAACCUGAAGUUCGCCGCCGUAGACGGACCAAACACAGAGACAGGAACCUUGGCCUUUCGCUCGGUCCUGUUUACACGGAGCUUUUAGUGUGAUUUGUGUCCUUUAUGGAUGUUGUGUGAGCUCUAAUCAAUCAGGUCUCAGCCCGUUAUUCGACCAUCGGCAGGAUUAUGAAAAAUGGAUUCAUUACAAUAAGAGCCUUCUGGACGGCGUCACGUCAGCCCGACCAUCAGAAGAAGAAAUUUACGGCUGAAAGGAGCUCUUCUUCGCCGCAGAUAAAGCCGAUGUGCCGUAACCUUGAUUACAUGGAAGAACUUCAGUCGGUGAGUUAUAACGGACGUCCUGACAGAGCUCGCCACAUCCAUCCGGGAAAAAAACAGACGCCAUGUUUGUACAACUGUGUCAGAAUCGACGACGCCCGCUACCAGAGUCAUCCUCCAGAACGACCAAUCAGAGAGAGAGGGGGGGGGGCAUGUAUCAUAUAUAUACGUGUGUGUGUGUGUGUGUGUGUGUGUGUGUGUGUGUGUGUGUGUGUGUGUGUGUGUGUGUGUAUACCCUGUGACACCUCAGACCUGCAGACUGACAGUUUCUCAGAUUCUCUCCUCAACAUUUUCAGAGACACUAACCUCCACACAAGCUCCGCCCUCAGCAGCUGCUAACACCUCCAUGGACGCCGCCAAUUAAGGCGCCACUGUGUCGCCAUAGUUUUUCUUCAUAGGAUGGUAAGGGAAGGUCCCGCCUCCUCCGCCUCUGAUUGGCUGGAAACGUCAUCAUACACCCAAGCCGCGCGCAGGCUGUCAGCUCUGUACAUCGAACAGAACGUAAAAGAACAUUAUUGUACGGAGGCUGAGAACUGCCACUGCUGCAAAUAAAAAGAAGAAGUCACAACGGAAGUUCAUGAUGCAAAAAAAGAAACUGAAGCCGACUGCAAAUAAAAAAAAAAUGGUGCAGAUAAAAAAAAAAAAAAAUCCACAACGGAAGUUAACGAUGCAAAAAAAAAAGUAGCAAUGGAAAAAAAAGGAAAGUUACUAACUGCAAAAAUAAAAGAAGGCAAACAAAAAAAAAAUACAGGAGUGAUCUGUCGGGGACCAAUAAUGAUGAUGCACCGGUGUUCUACGAUCUACACACAAAGACAUUUUGGCUUUUUUUAUUUGCAUCCUUUUAUUUUUACAGUAAGUUUUCUUUUUCAUCACCACUUGUUUUUUUAUCUUCAGUUCUUUUUUUUCACCAGGAACUUCCAUUGUUGGUUUUUUUUUCCUUUUCUUUUUUAUUUGCAGCAGUGGCGCUUCUUAGCCUCCGUACAUUAUCCCAACUCUGAAUCUCCUAACCCGACAGAAUGGGAGCCCAGAACUUCUAUCCAAUCAGAGGCGAAGGAGGCGGGACCUUCCCCUACUAUCGUAUAAAAAUAGCGCCCCCACAGGCGAGUGAUUGUGUUUGUUUGUUCUUCACGUCUCCACAGUCACCACACUUCAUCUCACCGUGUUUUAUUCUGAAGGACACUUCCGGUGUCUAAAAACAUGCACACCUGUGUCCUCGAGGACACCCGCACACCUGACAGACACGCCCCCUUUUUAAUUAGCCGCUGAAGGAGAGGUUCAACUUUCACAAACACAAAAACAGGUUUAACUCGUCCUGGAGGACAAACUGAAGCGGCUGUAACACGGACACGGUCACAGACACGGACACAGACACAGAAACAGUCACGGACACGGACACAGUCACAGACACAGAAACAGUCACGGACACAGAAACAGUCACGGACACGGUCAAAGACAGACACAGUCACAGACACGGACACAGUCACAGACACAGAAACAGUCACAGACACAGAAACAGUCACGGACACGGUCAAAGACAGACACAGUCACGGACACAGACACGGUCACGGACACAGUCACGGUCACAGACACGGACACAGUCACAGACACGGACAGCAGCUCGGUUAUAAAAAACACGAACGAAUAUCCGGACAAGAUGGCGGAGAGUCGCAGGGUUCGUCUCGGCGGUCUCCUUCCUCCCAAAAACUCAGAAAAAGUCCGAAUUAAAUUAAAGUUUUCAGACAAACAUGAACCGGAACUGUCUUACCUGAGCCUGAAGACAGGAGGACAUGAGGAGGAGAGGUGGAGGACAGGUGGAGGACAGGUGGAGGACAUGAAGACAGGUGAGAAGAUUCAAACUCGGCGCCAUUUUACACCGCCGACACUCACCGGAAAUGGAGGGGGAGCGCGCGACCGAGAAAGCGCGAACGAGAGAGAGAGACAGAGAGCGAGAGAGAGUGAUUGACAGGUCUGACAUAUGGAAUAGUUCAUCUAUUCCCCAGCGACAGGAGGGGUGUGUGUGUGUGUGUGUGUGUGUGUGUGUGUGUGUGUGUGUGUGUGUGUGUGUGUGUGUGUGUGGGGGGGGGGGGGACUUGCCUGCGAGGUUUCGACUGAAGGAGGAACCAGAAUCUGGGACUAAAUUUAGGUCCAAUUAGAGAGAAAGGGGGGCGGCACCUGUGUGUGUGUGUGCGCGCGCAGACCUGAGGGCCUCCGUCAGACUGAACAGCUGAUCCAACACCGUUAAAGAACCAGAACCAGAACUUUGGAGAAACAGACGAUCCAGAGGGUCAUCAUCCUCAAAACCUCCUUUAAAAACAAAAUACCUCACAAAUAUUCAAGGACCCUGGACUCAAGGACACAAAUAUUCAAGGACCCUGGACUCAAGGACACAAACCUUCAAGGAUCUGAACCUUCAAGGAUCCAAAUAUUCCAGGACCCAAACCUUCAAGGACCCAAACAUUCCAGGACCCGAACCUUCAAGGACCAAAACCUUCAAGGACCCAAACCUUCAAGGACCCAGCAUGUUGGAAUCUGCUGAUCAAUAA